AUGGUGUCCAAGGCGACAUCAUGCGACUGGAGACCCUGUGGCGACUAUCGAGCCCUCAACAGCGCUAUCAUUCCUGAUCGGUAUCCCGUGCCUCAUCUUCAGGACGUUGCUGGAGCCCUUUUCGGCAAAGCGGUUUUCUCGAAGAUUGAUCUGGUGCGUGCUUUUCAUCAGAUUCCAGUCGCCCCUGAGGGCAUCCCUAAAACCGUCGUCAUCACACCCUUUGGUCUCUUCGAGUUCAUCCUCAUGCCGUUCGGUCUUUGUAAUGUCACCUAAACGUUUCAGAGGUUCAGCUACCAUGCCUUACAUGGCCUACCCUUUGUGUACGCCUACAUUGAUGACCUCUUGGUGGACAGCCGGAAUGACGAAGAACGCAAAGGGCAUCUUGCCUUGGUGUUUGACCGCCUUGACAAGUUUGGCGUUGUCGUCAACCCCUCCAAGUGCGUGCUGGGUGUGUCUUCACUCGUAUUCUUCGGCCAUCAGGUCUACUCUAAAGGUUCGCGUCCCCUCCCCUCCAAGGUUGAAGCAGUUCGUAAUUUUCCUCCAGCAACUUCCAUGCGUCAGUUGCGGCGAUUCCUCGGCAUGGUCAAUUUUUGCCGCCGGUUCCUGCCGAACUGUGCUGACCUUAUGCUGCCGCUCGCUAACAUGCUUUAUGGUCCCAGAGGCCCCCUCGAGCGGCCUGGUGAAGCACUAACUGCUUUUGAGAGAACAAAGAAUUCCCUUGCCGAUGCCACCUUACUCACUCAUCCCGCUCCCGAAUCUCAGUUGUCUAUGAUAGUAGAUGCUUCGACCGCAGCCGUCGGUGCAGCCCUUCAACAACACCUUACUGAUUCCACUCGACUACUUGCCGUAUUCUCCAAAAAGCUCUUACCGGCCGAGACACGCUACAGUACCUUUGGCCGUGAACUACUCGCCAUUUACCUGGCUGUGAUGCAUUUUUGGCAUUUCCUUGAAGGUCGUGACUUCACUGUUUUCACUGACCACAAACCGUUGACUUCUGCACUUCGGCCCCACUCCGACAAGUGCGAUCCGAGGGAAAUAGUCCACCUGGACUACAUCUCCCAAUUCACCACCGACAUCCGCCACAUUGAUGGCACGAAGAAUGAGGUGGCUGAUAUGCUGUCCAGCCCCUCAUUGUCUUCCCUCCUACUCUCACACGGGAUCGAUCUUUGGGCCAUGGCGGCUGGGUAA